AUGCGCGCUGCACAGUUUCAUCGUAAUACGGGGAAAAUCCAAGUAAACGAGGUUCCCAUCCCGGAGCCAGAAGGCACAGAUAUAUUGGUCAAGAUCAAGUCCGCCUCGCUAUGUCACUCAGAUAUCAUGGCCAUCGAGGGUUGGACGCCGACGCCGAGCAGCGUGAAGCCCAUCACUCUGGGCCACGAAGGCGCCGGAAUUGUGGAGAAACUAGGUUCCAAAGUGACCGGGUUCAGGCCUGGAGAUCGGGUUGGUUUCUUGUACAUCACAGGAUGCUGUUUUGAAUGUGAAGCGUGCAAGGUCUACAACCUCUAUUGCACCAAAGGCGCGCCACGCAUUCAAGGGAUGACCGAGGGUUCUGACGGAUUUUUCGCCGAAUAUGCCGUUGUUGACUACCGCAAUGCAAUAGUUCUGCCGGAGGCAAUUAAGAUCGAAACAGCUUCCCCUCUAUUCUGUGGUGGCAUUGCAGGCAAUUCUUUAACCCUCGUAGCGUUCCAUACUGUUGAGUCAUGCGGGCUGAACCCAGGGGAAUGGCUUGUAGUUGUCGGCUGCGGAGGCUUGGGCCAGGCUGCCGUACAAUACGCAAAAGCCAUGGGCAUCAAGGUGAUCGGGCUGGACAUUAACGACGAAACUCUUGCCGAGAGUAAGAGAGUUGGUGCCGAUCUGACGUUUAAUUCUGCAACGAACUCGAACUACUUGGACGAAAUCAGGAAGGCCACCGGAGGCGGUGCGCACGCCGCGGCAGUCUAUAGCGCUUCGAUAGCAGCGUACGAGAACGCAAAAAUUGCACUCCGAAUAGGCGGUCUUCUGAUGGCUGUGGGUUUACCGGCGAAGACAUUCCAGGUGAAUUUGACCGAGAUCAUCACCGGCCUUUAUCGGCUCAAAGGCGAUUGCACCGGUAUUCCACAACGCAUGUCACGCGCCAUUGAAUUCACCGCGCAGCACAACAUCCAACCGAACGUUGUCAGCUUCCACAAGUUGGAGGACGUACCUGAUAUGAUUACAAAAAUGAGGGCGCAAAAGUCUACAGGAAGGAUGGCCGUACUGUUUUAG